AAUUUAGCAGCCGGAGGUGACGUCAGCAAGCUGCCGCGUCUGUCUUUGUUGACGCCAGACGAUAACAUUAAAUAGAAAGCGAGACCUUAUGACUGCUUUGUAUGUAUUAUCGGUCAACUAUAGUAAGACUCUUCAGAUCGACCAGUGUUUAUGCGAACUCGGUUUAUUAGUCUAUUAGAGUAGUAAUGUCUUUGUCUCGUCGCCGGUGAAGUUGUAUGGAAAAGUCCUCAAGCGGAUUUUUGCUCAACAAAGCAUCGUUGUCGGACUUGCCUUAAAGUUUUCAUCAUGAGUGCGUAUAUUUUAUUGCAAAGCAGCACUAAUAUGAGUGACAUUGUGAGAUCGGAGUAUCAAGGCUGUGUGAACGGAUCCCUGAUGGACGGAUUUAGUAUCUUUAUUCAGGGUUUGUUGGCACUUCUCGCUUUCAGCACGUUAAUGUUAAAGAGGUUUCGUGAACCUGUUGGAAUAAGACGGCCAUGGAAAAUCUGGUUCUUUGAUACAUCUAAACAGGCUAUUGGUGCUCUUUUCAUGCAUUUUGCCAAUAUAUUCCUCUCCAUGCUCACCAGUGAAGAUCCCUGCUCCUUGUAUCUGUUGAACUUUCUGUUGGAUGCCACGUUGGGGAUGCUGGUGAUCUGGUUGGCGGUUACAGUGGUUUCCAAGCUAGUGGAGUACAGACAGUUAACACUACUAAAGUUUGGAGAAUAUGGUGACCCUCCUCGUGUUGUUGCCUGGUUGGCUCAGAGCCUUGUGUAUUUAUUCAUCAUUGCUGUGGAGAAAAGUGUGGUCACGCUGGUACUGCUCAUUCCUGGGUGGACCAGGCUGGAAGAGGAAGUGUUGGACUACAUCCCAAACCCACAGCUGGAGUUAGCCAUCGUCAUGCUUAUUGUGCCAUUCGUUGUUAAUUCUAUUAUGUUCUGGGUGGUGGACAGUUUAACAAUGAGGAAGUAUAAGAAGACGACAUCUCUGGAAGGUUCACGUGACAGUGCAAAGCAAGUAGAGGUGCCAAGUGUGUGCGGUGAUGAAGCUGAGGUGCUGCUGAAGAUAGAUGAAGAUGAUUCAGUCUGUUACGACGAUGAAGAGCACAUUACAACAGAAAGGGAAAAAUUAUGAGUUGGUAUGGAUGUUUAAAACACACUAAUACAAUUGAAAAGCUCAGAUGAAAAACCCUCUAAGUGCAUCUGACAUGUUUUCUUGUAAAGGAGCUUUUUUAUCAAACACAUAUGUAACAUGUAUACAUAUAUAUGCAUAGCACCAGUCAAAAGUUUCAAUUUCUUACUGAAAAUGUAUGUAACAUUUUGUAGUCACUACACAAUUACUAUACCUCCAUUCAAAAUCAUCGCAAUAUUGAAUGUGUACAUUUUUACCAUAUAUUGUCAAUUUAUAUUGAAAAUCAAGAUAUUUGAAAUAUAAAAUGGAGUAUUUGAAGAGAAAUAGUAUUUAAAUUAUAUAAGAGAAACAUUAUCUCCCACCUCCCCGUCCUUUAAAGUGGUGGUAAAGUUUGAACUCUUCAGAAGUUAACUAAAGUAGAGAAGCUCAGAGUAAUAAGAGAGGAGGUGUGAAUGGUUCUCCUGAUUAUAGUCAUUUGGACUUUUUAAUUUAAAGUCUAAACAGCUCAAGUCUCUACCUGUGAUGAACACUUUGCUGUAAACACACGGUGACCAUGUCUGCAGCUUUGACAUGCUGGCAUACAUCAUGUCAUUAUAGGAAAUAGAAAACGGCUUGUAAAUAUUCAGUAUUUUGAUUGAAAGGCCAAAUUGGGGUGUUUUGCACCUAAAGUUUACACCUAAAAAUUGUACAGUACUUAGUUUUUAAUAAUUUGUGUUUUUGUAUUAUUACGCAUUCACAGUAAUGCACAGUGACAUAAUUUGAUAUACAUUGCGAAUGUAUAGUAUUUGUUUAUAUUUAAAGCUGUCAAAUUAUCCAGAUUUUUUGAAAUUGUAGUAUUUACCAUUUUAAGCAUGCUAAUGCAAUUUCUUCAUCUUUGUGUAUCUUUUGAUAUUUCUUGGACAAUGAUAUUAUGUCUUAUUUUGAUGUUACAGUUAGUAAUCAAAAUGUCACUAUACAGUAUCAAAGAAACAUUACAUACACAUUUUGCAAUAAAAGCACAGUCAAACUUUU